UGACAUGACGCUCACAGCGAAAACCCUCAUUGGUCUUUAUCAGUUUCAACCUGGUCCAAACCUGAUUGUGACUAAUGUUUAAAGAGGCGGUUAGUGAUUAACCGGGCAGGAUCGGGAUCGCUGCAGCAGCUGCAGGCAGCCCCACAGACAGGCACAGACCCAGCUCCGCUCUGACCGCCUCACCAUGCACUCUGUCCGCGUCUGGAGACGCGCGUCCAGCAGCCUGUGCAGGGCGCAGCGCUUGGCAGCGCGGAGACGAAGCGUGAGCCACACGGCCGCUGCCAGGCCGGACCUCAGCGGCAUUUAUCCGCCUAUUGCCACUCCGUUCACCGCCAAGCAGGACGUGGACUACCAGAAGUUGGAGGAAAACCUGCGGAAAUAUGCCGCGAUACCUUUUAAAGGUCUGGUGGUUCAGGGCUCCAACGGCGAGUAUCCCUACCUGACAGAGGAGGAGCGCGUGGAGGUGGUGAAGGUAGUCAGACGAUCCCUACCACAGGGAAAACUGCUCAUGGCCGGAUCAGGCUGUGAAUCCACCAGAGCCACGAUCCAGCUCACAGAGAAGAUGGCGGCAGCCGGAGCGGACGCAGUUCUUGUGGUAAACCCAUGUUUCUACAAGGGCAAGAUGGACAGCCGCGCUCUGAUUCAUCACUUCACAGAGGUGGCAGACAGCAGCCCAGUGCCAGUGGUUCUGUACAGCGUGCCAGCAAACACAGGCCUGGAGCUGCCAAUUGAUGCUGUGGUGGAGCUCUCUCAGCACCCAAACAUCCUGGGCCUCAAAGACAGCGGAGGAGAUAUCACACGGAUCGGUCUGAUUGUUCACAAAACCAAGGCGCAGGAUUUCCAGGUUUUAGCGGGCUCAGCGGGGUUUCUGAUGGCUGCCUAUUGUGUUGGUGCUGUUGGCGGAGUGUGUGCGCUGGCUAACGUUCUGGGCCAGGAGCUGUGUGAACUGGAGCGUCUGUGUAAGUCUGGGUGUUGGGAGGAAGCCAGAGUCCUGCAGCAGCGGCUCAUCGAACCCAAUGCAGCCGUGACCAGAAAAUUGGGAGUUCCUGCCCUCAAGCAGGCGAUGGAGUGGUUUGGUUACCACGGCGGCACCUGCCGUUCUCCUUUACAGCCACUUACAGAGGCAGAGGCUCAGCAGCUGAGACGGGACUUCUCCACCAACGGAUGGCUGUGAAGGGUAGUGUGCAUGGGGGUGUGUACAAGUAGUUUAUCCAUCAGGACACGUCUUGCUUAGAGCUGAAACAGCAGUUAAUAAAAUUUGCUCAUGGAAAUGGAA